AAGCAUCCUUCGGUAUAAACUCAGUGGUAGCUGUCAGGUUGCCUAUGUUAAGCAUCUACUAACUGCGAGUACAAGCUUUUACAGGGUAUUACGCACGACUGAAGCUUGUCAACAUAAAAAUAAAAUUUUGAGCUGAAGCAUACAUGACUUCUAAAUAGCUAGUAUUCAGUGUUUUAUCUUUCUGCCUAGCAUUUGUGGAAAAAAAACAGUGAAACACAGAUCAAAGGUGUGGUGGCCAUGUUGGAAAGUGGGCUGUGUAACUUAGCCAUGCGAAGAUCGAAAUCCUGACAUUAGUAUGAAUUGUGUUUUGUGUGGUUUGCCAAAAGGUGGUGAUAACAAUAAUAUAAUCAUUUAUGUUCUAUAUACAGGAGACCACAGUGAAGUGAGUUUGACUUCUUUUAUCUGUGCAGUCUGUUGACAACAGCUGUCUCUAUGUUGCCACAAAGCCCAACACCGUCCUUUGUUACGCUGUCACACAACAUUAGAAUAUAUAGCUCUUACCAUGAAACUAGAUGGACGGAAAGGGAACCUUUCACUAUGGUUUGAAAACCAAGUUAACGGCAAGUGAAUGGGAAGCUAUGACUCUGGCUUUUUUCUUUAUGAGGGAAGAAAAAAGUGGAAAGGUUUGAUGUAGCCACAGUUAUCCCAAAAAAGUGUGUCUAGAGAGUGAAGGUUAAAAGUGUUGGUUAUUGUCGUGGCAGACCAUGGGUGUAUCCACAGGCCCUUCAGAAGUCACUAUCACAUAACUUCCAAAGCUUGCCAUCAACUCAAUAAAACAACUCAACUUAUCAUUUUACCAGCAGCAGAAUCUGCCAGGGAGGGGACGGUUGCCACUGACGGCAGGAGUGGAGUAGUGCUGUGGUGUUUUUGGAGAGGAGUCCAAGGAGAAUGACAGCGUUAAAUCAGCUGAGGGACCUGGUCAUUGUCAAGGAACUUGAGCGCAUCCUGGAUUCUUGCACCCUUGAGCUCACAGCCGUGGAUGAAGUCUGCCCCAAUCUCUACAUAGGAAAUGUGGCCAUUGCACAGAACAGAAAACGGCUGUGUGACUUGGGCAUUACUCACAUCCUGAAUGCAGCUCAUGCUAAACAGGGAAGCAUCGGGGACCAGAACUUUUAUGGGAACUCUUGUGUUUACUAUGGCAUUCCAGCUGAAGACUCGGAGCACUUUGACCUGAGCGAGCACUUUAAAUCAGCGUCCGACUUCAUACACGAUGCUCUCACGAAAGAACAAGGGAAGGUUUUGGUGCACUGCAUCAUGGGAAUGAGUCGAUCCGCCUCCUUGGUUCUGGCAUAUCUGAUGUUGCGGCAGCGACUUACGCUGACAGACGCGCUCAAGCUUUUGAUCCAAAAAAGAGCCAUCUACCCAAACAGGAACUUUCUGGUGCAACUUCAUCGACUGGACGAACAGCUGAGAGUCCGGAGAAGGCUCUGUCCCAUUUUAUGA